CCGUUAAGUCAUGUAUGUCCCUGAUGUGUCCGCGGGCCCCCCAAGCAAGCUCCUAGUCCCAUGUCUUGCCUGCCAAUUGCUCCUUUCCCCCAGACUGAUCCCCUUCCCGUUGACCUACCCCCGAGAAGCACAAGAGAAGAGAAGCCCGGGCUUCCGUCAAUCCGUCUCUUUUCUUGUACACUCCCUCCCCCAGACCUGACCGGCAUUCUGAUUCUUGUCUGUCAAGUCAGUCCAGGCUCUUGGGAAGUCUGUGUUUGGUGCCACUUGUGCAAAAGCUCCUCCUGUUGGAUGACAUAUCGGUCGAUGCUCUUGUGCUACGACUCCUCCUACAUGUACUAAGCGGGUCGACUUCUUCUUUUCCUUCGAUCCUAAUACUCCUUCCUUUCACAUCACCACCCACAUUCGUUUUUCCAACCAAAACGUCCGUCCAAGUCUUGAGCUGAACUUGGCGGGAGAGAAAAGAGAAGGGAGAGCGAGACGCGCGG